CUCUGUUUUGAUUAGCCGUCCUGUUGUUUGUAUUGCUACUCGGUAAACGGAAGCUACACGGAACAAAAAUGUAUUUGAAUAGUUUGAACGUUACUUUAAUUCCGUUACUUGCGUUGUGUUUUAUUUAAUUUCUGACACACGGACAUACGGGCUACAUGAACGUGGAACCUCGCCUUGUUUACACGGCAGCAUAUGGUUAGGUUCUUUAAUGAUGGAGUCCCAAUGCGAGUACUUCAUGUAUUUCCCUGCCGCUCCAAUAUCCACUCUGUCAGACCCGGCGGAGUACACUACUCUCCCACGGAGAAAGCACGUCUACCUCGGGGAGGUAGUGCAGUUCCUGCUGGUCCUGCGGUCCCGGAAGGCGGCGGGGAAGGAUGACAGCUCCGGGGUUUUACCGUGGAAGGAGAUGGUGAGUUCACUGUCAGCUCAGGCGAGUGUGUGCGUCGCAGAGAGCCGUGUGCAGAGACCCAGCGAGUACCAGCCCGACAUCCAGAGCACCUGCAGCGGGGACAGCGGGGAAGAGGAGCCCGGGGAGGAGAGGGAGACUGGAGGAAAGAGACCGGACAGUACCCGGACCUUCAUACAGUGCACCCCGCAUCUCACUCACAACAGCUCGGCCAGAGAUGGGCGACAGUGUGGGAAGGAACCGGUGCAGUCCGCUCUGGUUUUGGAUGACCAGGUUGUCUUCUCUCUCACCGUCUCUUUGGACAAGCUGCCAGCCAACACGCUUAAAGCCAAGAUCGUAGUGACUGUGUGGUGUCAUGAGGAUGAGAAAGUGGAGGUGAGGGAACAUGGCUACCUGACCCUUCUACAGCUCAAGAGCCCACUACACACCUUCAGACAGGACCUCAGCACCUUCAAGGCGCAGGUCAGUACCAUUAUGAAUGUUCUACCACCUCCCAGUGUGCAGUGUCAGCACAUGGCUGUCUCUGGAAAACACCUGACUCUCCUUAAAGUGUUGAACUGCAGCUCUCAGGAUGAGGUGUGUGUCAGAGAUGUGAAGAUCGUUCCCAACUAUAACUCCUCCUACCUCCCCAUGAUGCCAGAUGGUUCAGUUCUCAUAGUGGACAAUGUCUGCCACCAAUCAGCUGAGGUCACCGUGGCUUCAUUCUGUCGGAUAGAUAGCGGGUCAUCGCGUUUACCCAGCAUGCUCAGUGCCCUUGAAGAACAGACCUUCCUGUUCCAGCUGCAGCUACAAGACACAGCAGAGGAGUACUCUAGUGAGGGUUUGGAAGUCCCGCUGGUGGCUGUGUUACAGUGGUUUACUCCAACACUCCCUUUAACAAGAUACAUCUCUAGUUGUUACUCGUUGCCUAGCAUCCGCCUGGAUCGCCCUCGCCUGGUGAUGACAGCUUCCUGUCCCAGGGCGGUCCGGCCUCUGGAGCACUUCUGGGUCAAAUACACCCUGCUCAACAACCUGCAGGACUUCCUGGCUGUCCGUCUGAUCUGGAAUGCUGACGCUGCUCUUGGAGGCCAGCAGCACCAUGGUGGGGGGGCGGUGGUGUGCCAGUCUCCCCUCAACAACCUGGGUCAGUGCAGGAAGGGCUCCACCCUCUCCUUUACCGUGGCCUUCCAGAUCCUCCGCACCGGACUCUUCGAGCUGAGCCAGCACAUGAAGCUGAAGCUGCAGUUCACAGCCUCGGUGUCCACCCCCCCGGUGGAGCCUCGCUCUCCCUCAUCAUCCAGCCCGGGGGUCCGAGAGCUGCUGGAGAGACAGAGCCUGGGCCGCUCUCACAGCUUCUCCCACCAGCAGCCCUCCAGAGCCCACCACGUCAGGUCAGGCAGUGUGAUGGAGCGGCGGGCCAUCACCCCUCCUGUAGGACCUCCAAUGGGGAGGGGUCUGUACCGGCCCCCUGAAAACGGCCUCAUCUCCCUGGACAAAAUAGCCAAGAGAGAGUGUAAGGUGUUGGUGCUGGAACCAAUGAUAGACACACCCUGCAGAUGACCCUGAGAGCAGAGUCUUACCGCAGACACACAUUAGUGUUGGACACUCUGUCAGCUGACUCUGAAGGAGACAUGACGAGGAUGGAGUGAUGGACGGAGGAGCAGAGAGGGGGGGUGCUGAAGGUGAUGGAGGGAUGCUGGUGGCCUUCUGUGGAGCCGCACCAAUUCUUCAUCUCAUUGGUUUAUCAUUUCAAUUUAUUUGGUUUUUUACAUUUCCUUCAAGCUAUCAUUCCAUUUUACUCAAUGGGUUAUCCUAUGCCUGUGAAUUCUGCUUAUAUUUAUACUUUAUAGUACACAACCGUGAUCGUUUUUUCAUGGCAGCUCUGGUUUUCUUGUAGGAUCUAAUCAGGAAAUCCCAGAUUUCCUGCCAUUGUCAGGUCUGGGAGCACAAAUAGUGCUGGAUGCUCACAGCAGUCUGUUUUCAUACAUAACAGUUUGUGUAAUACACCUAUUGCCAUAACACACAGAGACCGUAAGAUUGCAUUCUUUUGGAUUCAUGGUGUACUUGGUUGCCAAAAAGCCAACAAAGUCUGCUGGGUUUUGGUUGGAAACAUCCUAAUAGGACAGUUUGACCAAGCCAUUGUUGGUGAACAUAUAUAUAUAGUAGUUCAAACAAUAACUGCUCUUGUUUAUUACAAAUGUAUACCAUGUGGAUCACAGAGCUGAUGGAAGGUGUAUUUAUAUUUAUUGUGACAGAGCUCAGCUAGCCAUUUCCAGUUUUUGUGCUAAGCUAAUGUUCUGAACCUAUUUCUGUGCUUAACCUACUGAUGUAAAACUUGAUAUACCUACCUACUUACAAUCCAUAUUCAUAGACUUAAAGUUCUUUAACUGGACUACUGACAUUAUAUAUUAUUGUUAUAGGUGUGCACUGGAUGAAAGCUGCAUCUUAACUUAAAAUUGAAGGGCUGUUUUACUGCUUUCCCCAGAGAAAGUUGGUAUUUUUUCAAAAUAGUAAAGUAUUUAAAUGAGUCUAAACUAGUCUGGCUGAAUUAUGUAAGUGUUAUUGUAUAUAUUUAUUGUUGAGUUGGAGUGUUAAUAUUCAGGUUUUAAAUGUAUGUUUUUGUCUUUUAUUUGACCCUUCGUAUACACUCCAUUGUCGGUGCACAGGGUCCAACUGAUAUCAAAGGGUUUUGUGAAGUUAAUUUCCUAAGUUUUUUUGAACAUUCCUAAAAUUCACAUCCCCAGCAUUUCAUUAAAGAACUCUUAAAUGAAAAAAGAAAGUUUGUUAGUAAGACCGAUCAUUUUCUUUUUAGGAGACACCCAGGGUGCUUUGAAACACAACCCUUUUUGCGAUUUUAUGAUAACGAAAAGAGGAACCAUGUUUUGUAAUUCUUUGAGUAUUUUAGUUGUUUGUUUGCAGAAUACAUUACUCAAAGGACGUUGUAAAAUCUUGACAAGAAAAACUGAAAGAAUUAUAAUUUAUUAUUGAAAACAUUAUUGUUUCUACGUGUGGAAUUAUGUUCAAAUGUUGUUAGCUGUCCUGCUGUGACUCACUAAAAGUUUGACCAAAAAAAAGCCAACAAUGUC